AUGCCUCUUCCUUCCCAGGUCGAUCUGAACUUUUUUGAAGCUAUUCCCAGCUCUCACGACAGUUCUCUCACCACCGUCACCAUUCCCCCUCAAGACUUUUCAGUCUUCACCACGGAUUCCCCAACGUCAACAUGGCCUCCCUCCAGUGCUCCGAGCCAGCCGGCAUCAUCCGCGCAACAGAACUUCCUGCACCCGCCUCAACAGGACUUUGUCUUGUUCGAUCAACCCGAAAGAACGAACGCUAAUAGCGCUGUCCCCGCUUCUGCAAACUCCGCAGUUACAUCUUCAUUUGGAUCUUUGAAUAGCAACAACCGACGUCACUCGUCUACUCAGAACAUCGGUUCUCCAGCUCUCCAGAAUCAACGAGUGGCUCAAAUCAUCCAAGCGACAGGGCACAAAACUAAUACUUCGGCCUUCUCAAACCGGUUCAACUCUCCCGCGCAAAACCAGCAACAGAGUCAGCAACAGUUUUUCGCAUCGUUAUCUGCCCCGCCUACCACUGUCGCUCUGAAUUCUCCACAGCAGAACAGACCUACCCGUCCGCCUGUCCCAUUGUUUACUCAGAGUAACAACAUCUCGGGCAAGAUGGAUCUUCAAGGUAAUUCACUUUCCGCGCUCGCUUCUCGCGACUCUAGCUCACAUCACCCAGACGCUCUGAGCAACUUUGAGGAUUACGCCGCCCUCGAGGCUGGCGCCUCCGGCUCUUCGGGCUUCUCUUCCCCCGCUGUCACCUACAGCGACAUGCACUCUGCUGCGAGCUCCACCACAAACAUUGGCACAGUCUCCCCUCAGGACCUGCAGAUCCGGGAGACCUUUUCUGCGCCAAACUCUGCUGCUUUCACCAACUUGACCUCGCCUUCCCUCUACGAAGAGUCUCCUGAAUUCAAUGACUUCGAUGUGUCUCCGCACUUUGGGAACGCCGACUUCGUCUCGGAUCUCAGCGAUCCUUGGUUCCCACUGUUCCCGGAAGCCACAACGAUCAAGGACCAGCAGAUUCAGGUGCCCGCCAUCCUCGACAACUCCCCAACGUUGUCGGAGGAUUUGGAUGUGGUCGAACCGACUUCCCAGCCUGAACCCCGCCGGAAGUCUUCAAACUCUCCGUCCGCCAGCCACGGUCGUCACUCUUCUGUUUCCGGCGUCAACGCUCGUCGACGUGACAAGCCCUUGCCUCCAAUCAUUGUUGAUGACCCUGCCGACACCACUGCCAUGAAGCGAGCCCGCAACACGCUUGCUGCUCGGAAGUCACGUGAACGCAAGGCUCAACGGUUGGACGACCUCGAGGCUCAAAUCAAGAAGCUCGAGGCUGAGCGUGACCACUGGAAGCGAGUCGCCUUGGGCCGGUCUGGCAGCUCAUGA